UCCAAACGGUGAAGAUCAACGAUUUUGAUACGGCAAUUUCAGUUGAAGACAUCUGCCGAACGAGCGAAGCAAAAAAAUAUACGUUAAGUGAAUGUAGAUAUACUGUUAAUGGGUGUUCUUAAGUGAAUAUAUAUCGGUGUUUAAGAGAGAAAGCAAUUUUUGAAAAAGAAAAAAAACAAAACGAAUUUUUACGAUUCUUGAGCGGGAAGUGAGUUUUAGAUUCGUGCGAAAAUAUUUUUCAAAUAAAAAAAUAAUUUUAUCAAUAUAAAAUGUGUAUUGAUACGACGAUAAAAAGUUAGGAAAACAUGAAAGUUUGAAAACGAAAUUCAGUCGAGAAAGAACCAAAUUUGCAUACUACUUCAGUUCGAACAAACUCGUGAAGAAUAAGUGUUGAAAGCAAAAACUCAAGAAGCACACACAUAAGAUACGGAUCAUCAUUCGGAAUCAACGGAAUAUUUAAAUAUCCGAAAGGCAAGCAUUUAUGCAGACAUUGUUCGGUGAAAAAUAAGCAGAGAGAUAUUGCAGGGCGCCGAAAUGACAUCGAACUCGGACAAAAAUCGAUCACAAAACAACAAUGGAAAACAAAAAGAUCUCUGGGUUAAUCAACAAAUAAAUGUGGCGAAAAAAUGUACGCGUCAUCCUUCAUCGCGAAGUAAUCGAAAAACGGACUCGGUAAUUUCGACUGAUUCCGAUAUUCGUUUCACAAGACGAAAGUUGGGAGAUACGCAAAGAUGUGGAUGUGCUGUGAUCGCCGGAAUGCUAAUAUUCACACUGUUCGCUACAAUAGCAAUGUACUUUUGCUAUGUGCUGUUGAAGUUUGAUUCGAUGCCUCAACGAAUAUUCCGAGCAAAAGUUCGAGUCACAGCCGGUGAUAAUUGGACCACAGAAUUGGCCGAUCAAAGUUCGUUGAGAUUUCAGCAUAGAGCAAAAUUUUAUCAGGAUGCUAUUGAUGAGAUGAUCAAUCGAUCUGAUCUGAAAGAAGGAUAUAAAAAGAGUGAAGUUUUGGCAUUGGAUGGUGACGAUAAUCGAAGUGAUAUGGUCGUGCAUUUGAAUCUGAAUUUUGAUCCAUACCUCGCUUUAGUCUCAACGGCUGACUUGAUGUCCGUGUUCAUUGAGCAAAUCGGACAGCAAAUGAUUCCACAGUUCUCCAAUUUGACGAUCGAUUUGAACGCACUGGACAUAAAUGAGGUGACCGGAUUCAUGGGCGAUGAACCGUCAACAAAUGCAUCGCCACUUCGACCGGAUGAAAUAUAUGAUACGCCAAAAGUGCAAAAACCCCAACGACGAUGUGAACCGCUUAAGCUUGACUAUUGCCAAUCUAUUGGCUACAAUGUUACAACGUACCCAAAUCUUCUCGGUCACAAAAAUAUCGACGAAGUAAAAGCCGAUUUGAUUGCAUUCCGUGAAAUUGUCGAUUCAGAGUGUUAUCGUCAAGCGUAUGAUUUCGUUUGUAGAUUACUGCAACCGCCAUGCAAAUAUCGUGAACCAUUUGAACCGGAAAUUGGACCAAUUUGUCGUGAAUAUUGCUUGGAUUUCCAUAAAUCAUGUGGCAGUCGAAUAUCAAAUCAUUUUCGACAAUUUUUCGAUUGUGAACGCUUCCCAGAAUCGAUUGGAGCACAAAGUUGUCACUCAAAACCAAACUGCGUCGAAGAUCUCCAAGCUAAAGGCCUUUCGAAUCGUUUAUGUGAUGGAGUUGCCGAUUGUAACGACCUUUCGGAUGAAUUCAAGUGCUCGUAUUGUGCACUCGAUAGUCUUUACUGUGGACGCGGCAGAACAUGCAUUCCGAAAAGUUCACGAUGUGAUGGACGAUGUGAAUGCGCCAAUUGUCUUGAUGAAAGAGAUUGCCUUUCAAUUGCGCCAUUACUAUCGGAGUUGACUGAACCGAAACCACUGACACCACAACAAGUACGCUUCAAUUCCGACGGGUUUGCUAUAUUCUCGGAGAAAGGUGAAUUGGGCAAAUUGUGUGCCGAAGGCUUAGAUUCACCAGACGACAAAGAUAUACAGAGAACCGUUGCCGAGUCACUAUGCAAAGCGCUUGGAUAUGAGAAAGUCGCAUUCUCAGAAGUUCGAAAUGAUUCAGAGGUAAAUACACGAUACGUUCGGGUCUUAGAUCCAAAAGCGGCCGAAAUAUCAUUUGUUCGGACAACGUGUGAGAAGAAACAAGCACUUUUUGUCUCUUGUGCUAAUUUGGAAUGCGGUUUACAAUCGAUCUUAAGUGCUGAUGCAUCAGCUAGUCUUUCAAAAAUGGCCGCUCCAGGCGAUUGGCCUUGGCAUGUAUCGCUUCAUAGAGACGAAACUCAUGUUUGCGAUGGAACUUUGGUGUCGGAAAAUUGGGUUUUAACAACUGAAUCAUGUUUCCAAGGUCAAUCGAAAGCAACAUGGAUCGCUGUAUUUGGUAAUAUACGUUUAAAUGCAAACACACCCUGGAAUCAACGAAGACGCAUUAUUGGAAUGGUAAAAUCCCCGGUGGAAGGUUCAACGGCUGCUCUGAUUCGCUUGGAAUCGCCCGUGGUUUUCAAUGAUUUCAUUCGACCAAUUUGCUUGCCAGAUACUAUGAACAUCAAAAACUUUGCGUCUGCACAAACGAAUAGUUCCGGCGCUGAGAAACCAACCGCCGAUACAUUAUCGCGAACGAAAAAAGAUGAAAAAUAUGAGACACUAUUGCCAGAGAAUCGUGACUAUUUUAUUGGGCCAGAAGAUUUGCAUGAAGAAAUUGACGAAGAACUUGUGCGACACGUUCGUGCCAUUCCAACGGAAUUUUAUAGCUCAACAACAGUAGCACCCAUGAUUGAAAUGAAUGGUACAACGCCAAAGGGUAGACACAUGAUUGCUGAUGAUCCGGCGGCCACUCAAUGGACGACAUGUAAUACAUUGGGAUGGUCUCGGCAACGCGAUCAUUUACAACGAGUACAAUUGAAAAUCAGUCAUAUGGCUAACUGUGAAAAUAUUUCAAUCGCCACUGUCAAUUCAAUGUGCACCGAAGCAACAUUUCACAAACAAGAUUGCACCGAAGAAGAGUAUUCGGGAGCACCGGUGAUGUGCUUGCUUCCAAACAGUAAUAGAUGGGCAUUGGUUGGUGUAGCCAGUUGGCGCAUUGCGUGCCAACCAAAUGGUAUCGAACGACCUCGAAUGUAUGAUAAAAUUACACCAAACUCAGCAUGGAUCAGACACACAAUUAAUGCGACGUAAACACAACGUUUGAAGCAUUUAAUGUGUUUGUAAAUAAUAAUAAUUUUUUUCUCGAGUGUACAGAUUAUUUGUAUUUUGUAUCAAAGAGUAUGACUGCCGAGACACAUUUUCAACAGAAUGCGCCAUUUUUUGCCUUACACUUUGGAUGGGUCAUGUAAUUUCGUUAACGCUCUGUCUAUAUACUAUAAUGACCAUUGAACUGACACAAUUUUUUUGGUCAUUCUUCUUUCCUAAGCAAACGGCAGAAUCUGUAUUUUCAUCCAGUUUUAGCAUUCUAUCAAAUCUCAAUGCUUUUUAGUGAAUGAAAUUUUUUUUUAGAAAAAUCAAUAGUCGAAUUCAAAACGAAAAAAAAUCCCGCUAUUUGUCAUUUAUAUUUAUUUUCUUUUGUAUGUUGUUAACCUUUAUCAUGCCAAAAUAAUGUGUAAGCAAACAUUAUGUUUUAUAACUAUUUGUUUAAGGAUCGAUUAUAAGAAUUGCAAAGUUAAUAUAUAA